AUGGGAGUUAUGAAGAUAAUAAUGGUAACGUUGAUGAUGAUGCUGUUGGUCGGAACAAUAAGAGAGACGAAGGCUACGUCUGCCUCAUAUGCUGCCUGUGUGAAACAUUGCAGUGACUUGUGUUCGUCCAAGCCUGGGGAUAAGAACUGUGUCCCUAAUUGCGUCUUUUUUAACUGCGGUCCUCCUGCUAUUCCAAGAAAUAUUCGUCAUACCAAGGGUGAAGGCUCCACAUAA